AACACAGUUGGUCCCUGUGUGUGGAGACAGAGGAGGACACGGGCUGAGACAGAGGAGGACACGGGCUGAGACAGAGGACACGGGGAUGUCUACAGCCUCCAGAGUGGUGCUGGGAGUCUCCGUGGUCCUGACCCUAAGCACCGUGACCGCCGUGCACGUGAAACAGGCCUGGGACCGAGAGCGCCUCCAUGAGGGUGUGCUGAGGGACCUGGAGCGGCUCCAGAGGAGAGAAGAAAACCUUCAACGUCUAAAAGAACAAAGAGAACUGACCCGAGUCCUGCAGCAAGACCAGGACCGGGACUAAACCAGGAUGGACGGGUUGGAGGAGGGGGAGGUGGAGGGUGAGACUCUCCUCAUGGUGGAGUCAGACUCUGUGGAUCUGUCCCAGGACCAG